AUCAAGCUGAGCCCAUUAUUUUUGCUUCAUCAUACUAAUUGACUCGAAUGGGAUCUUCCAACGCGAAUGAACAAAGUCAUGCAUCGCUGGCGUUCGAAUCAAUGUAACAACCUCAGGAGACUCAGCACCAGCAGCAAUGGCAAAUUCGAGACAAUAAUCAACAUCCGCAAUGCUAACGUGUAUCGUUUCGGCGAUGGAAAGUAUGCGCAACCAUUGUUUCGAGAUUUAACGUGGACGGUUGAGGACGGAGAAAGCUGGGCUGUAAUAGGCAGUGGCGGAGGCGGGGAAAAGACUGCUUUAUUAAGUAUGCUCCUUGGGCGUUAUCGAAUUGCUCCUUAUCCUCCUCCUCCAGGCGGCCUAUUUCCUUUUCUUUCUUCAACAGGACUUGACCCUUACUCAGGUGUCUCUAUUGUCGCAUUCGGGCAUCGGCAGCAGGCUGGCGGGGCAUUCUAUGACUACUCUGCAAGAUAUGGUGCAGUCCAUGAAGAAGAUCGUUUGACUCUGCGACAAAAUAUGUUUCCAGAAACUAUACCUCCCCUGCGUAUGCCCUACGAGGAUCCACACGACACACCGGAGCCUAAACAGGCCAUUUCAGGGGAAGAGCUUGCGAGCUUCAACAACUUAGUUACGCAGUUGGGCUUGGAUCAGUUCCUCGACCUUCCGCUUAUUGCGUUAAGCAACGGGCAGACACGUCGCGCGAGGAUCCUCAAAGCUAUCCUGAAUAGGCCGCAGUUGUUACUGCUCGACGAACCGUUGACAGGGCUUGACGUCAAGGCGCGUCCGUUGCUUUCGAGCACAUUACACGACCUUCACUCCAAAAAAGCGCCGAGAAUGAUUUUGGGCCUGAGAGCACAGGAUUCGUUACCUGAUUGGAUUGAUCAUGUCGCAUACGUUAAAGGUUCGACGGUCAUAGCAGGAGAGAGGGAUCAUGUCCUGGGGAGUGUUGAGCGGAGUUUGGGAGGUUGGCACGGGAAGCCGAAGACAAACGGAGUCGCCGAAAAAUCAAGGGCUCAGAUUGGUGGAGUCUUAAUUGACUUGAAGAGCAUUAAAGUCCAAUAUGGCGAUCGGAAAGUGCUCGACCAACUUUCGUGGAAGAUCAGGCAAGGCGAACGAUGGCAUCUUAUUGGAGAAAAUGGCUCGGGAAAAACAACGCUAUUAUCACUUAUCACUGGCGACCAUCCACAGUCCUAUACUCAAACCCGCUACCUUACUUCUGAUUCAGUUUCGAAUACACCAUCCGAAAAUCCUUGCGAAACUUCCUCUCAUCUCGAGCUCUUUUCUCAGCCCCGUUCACGUCUACCUACCACUCUGUUACGUUCCGCCAUAGCCAUUAUGUCACCAGAGCUUUUCGAUGCCUUCCCACGACGUUCGAAUAUGACCGUCUGGGAUGUAAUCGGGACAGGUUUCGACGGCGAUUUCGUACCCAAAGGUAAGAAAGGCGUAGGGAGUGGAAUAGGCAUGAAAGUCGCUUCGGACUCGCACCUGAUGAGGACUGGACGUGGGGGUCACGAAGGUGCAAUGGAAGGUCAAGCUGAAUGGGAUGAAGAAGAAAAUUGGAGAGUAGGACGAGUAUGGGAAGUUUUACAUGCACUCGGUCCGGAAGCUUGGGAACGGGCAAACGUCGGAGGCACGAGGACACAACCAGAUUCUUCUUCACAAAGCUAUCCUUCCGAUGUAACGCGCGAUUUCGCCAAGACCUCCUUCCCAUCUCUACCCCUUCCGCAACAGCGUGUUGUUCUCCUCAUGCGCGCUCUUGUCGGACGCGCUCCGUUAAUUCUAUUGGACGAGGUUUGGAGUGGAAUGGAUGAAAUAAUGGUGAGAGUUGCGAGGGAGUAUCUUCGUGGUGAUUCUUCGUCUACCUCCACAUCACCAGGCGGAGGAGGAAUCGGCUCUGAUCAAGCGGUUGUAGUGAUAACACAUUGGGAAGAAGAGGUUCCUUGGAGUCUGGAUGAGGACCCAGGAGUUUUCAAACGGUUUAGAUUGGGUGGAGGGAAAGGUUUGGUGGAAGAAUGAGCUUCUCAUUCUACAUGGAAUGUUAGAAAUGUUAGAACUAUCAUUAGCGUUUCCCCGCUCGAUUUUCUGGUAUCAAGUGUAAAGCCAAACGACUCAUGACAGAGACUCGUUCGACGUUGUGUUGUAAGGAAAGCUGAUAAGAUUGAGAUCUACUUUAGAUAAGCAGAUUUCACCUCGACAGUGCGCGAGAGAUCUUUUCUUGAGUCUUCCUUAAGCUCCGUAUGCUCAUACUUGUG